AUGUUUGGAGACUCUACGCUGAAACGCCAGACCGGAAGCUGCGCGUGCCCCCGGUGGUCAGGCGCCGGUUCGACCCUCGGUUCAUUCAGGCGCAACAGACGUGGAUCAGCGCUUCGCUCCGGGAGAAAGGCCUCCAAGAUAGAUUCCCUCAGGACCAAAGUGGAGCUGCUGCGGCUGCCACUGGGCCUGUCCACCAAGAGUCUGUCUCAGUGUAAACCUCAGCUGCUGGGGCCCCGGGACAAGGGCUCCGGAGCAGGGGCCCCCAGAGCCCGCGCUCUGACAGCCACAGACAUGGACAACGACUCCACGUACUCGGGAUACUCCUACAAGUCAUCCCACUCCCGGAGCUCCAGGAAGCACCGAGAGCGCAGAGACAGACACCGGAGCUCCAAGAGUCGAGAUGGAAGCAGUCGAGACAAGUCGAGUCUUCAGCCUCCGGGAGAACCACUGCUGGACGCAGAGUCCACCAGAGGAGAGGAGAGGGACGAUAACUGGGGUGAGACCACCACGGUGGUCACUGGCACGUCUGUGGACAGUGUUUCUCAGGAGGACUUGACACGUGUCACUAAAGAGCUGGAGGACUCCACGCCGCUGCACUGCCGCCGCUACCUCGGCCUCACGUUGGGCGCCAUCCUUGGGCUGUUUGCCUUUGUGACGCCGCUGGCCUUCCUUGCGCUGCCUCAGCUGCUGUGGCGGGACUCUCUGGACCCGUGUGGGACCCCCUGUGAGGGUCUCUACAUUUCUCUGGCCUUCAAACUGCUCAUCCUGCUCAUCUCCACCUGGGCCUUGUUUCUGAGACCGCCACGUGCCUCUUUCCCACGCUUCUUUGUGUACCGCUGUCUGCUGCUGGCCUUGGUUUUCCUCUUUGUCGCCUCCUACUGGUUGUUCUACGGCGUGCGCGUGUUGGAACCCAGGGAGACGGACUACAGAGGCAUUGUGGGAUACGCCGCAUCGCUGGUGGACGCGCUGCUCUUCAUCCAGUACCUGGCGCUCGUGCUGCUGGAAGUGCGCCACCUGCGGGCCGCCUUCUGCCUCAAAGUGGUGCGCUCUUCUGACGGGGUCAGCCGCUUCUACAACGUGGGGCACCUCAGCAUCCAGAGAGCCGCCGCCUGGGUGUUGGACCAUUACUACAGCGACUUCCCCGUUCACAAUCCGGCUGUUUUAAACCUGCCCAAGUCCAUCCUGUCCAAAAAAGCCUCCGCAUUCAAGAUCUACAGCCUCGGAGAAGAGAACAGCACGGGGAACUCCACAGGACAGUCCCGCGCCAUGAUCGCAGCCGCCGCACGGAGACGGGACAAUUCUCACAACGAGUAUUAUUACGAAGAGGCCGAGAUGGAGAGGAGGGUCCGCAAACGCAAGGCCAGGCUGGUGGUGGCAGUAGAGGAAGCCUUCACUCACAUCAAGCGGCACCAGGAUGAGCCGACACCCUCUUCCCCUAAACACCCGCGCGAGGUGAUGGACCCACGGGAGGCGGCUCAGGCCAUCUUUGCCCCGAUGGCCCGGGCCAUGCAGAAGUACCUCCGGGCCACUAGGCAGCAGUCUUACCACACUAUGGAGAGCAUCAUCAACCACCUGCAGUUCUGCAUCACACACAACAUGACACCCAAGGCCUUCCUGGAGCGGUACCUGGCUCUGGGCCCCACCCUGCAGUACCUGGAUCACGGCAGGGGGCGCCAGUGGACCUUAGUGAGCGAAGACGCCGUGACCUCCGCGCUGCGCCAGGGCCUGGUGUUCUCCCUGAAGCGGCCAGACUUCUCCCUGGUGGUCAGCGUGACACCGCUGCCCUUCCUGGCGCUGGGAGAGGAGUUUGUCGACCCCAAAAGUCACAAGUUUGUCAUGAAGUUGCAAUCCGAAACCUCUGUGUGA